AUGGGCAAUCUCCCGGCAGUUCGGGUUUGCGAAGCAACACCAUUCGCUAAUACUGGUAUUGACUUUUGCGGCCCGUUCCAUAUCAAAGAGAAAAAACAUCGCAUUCGUGGUCGAAUCAAAGUUUAUUGCGUAUUCGUGUGUAUGUUGAUAAAGGCCAUCCAUUUUGAGGUUGUGAGCGACCUAUCGUCCGAUGAUUUCUUCGCAGCAUUACGACGAUUCGUAGGUAGACGAGCAUUACCGACUAAUAUCUAUUCCGGCAACGAUACAAACUUUGUAGAAAUAAACAAUCAACUAAAGGAAUUAUACGUUUUAUUAAAUUCAGACAAACAUCAUGUUCUCAUAAGGAGAUUCGCAAGCGAACGCCGCAUCAACUGGCAUUUUAUAUCACCAGCCGCACCGCAUUUUGGUGGUCUGUGGGAAUUCACGGUUAAAUUGUUUAAACACAAUUUUAAGGUUAAGACAAUCGUACUUAUAAAGGACAAAAACCAGUCAUGUUCUCAGUGGGCGCUAAGCAAGAUUACCGAACUGUACUUAGGCGAAGACAAAAUAGGUAGAAUAGCCACGGGCAAGACGGCGGUUGGAGAGCUGAGACGAGCCAGGAGGCUACUAUAUCCAUUGCCAAUCGAUUAA